AUGGAUAUAAGAACUUUUGAAGUAUUAUAUAAAAAAAUAAAAGGAAUUCUUAUUCUUAAGGAAAAUAAUAUAGAAUGGAUGGAAUUUGGAAAACAAAUGCCUACUAUAUCCAUUUCUUUAGAUUCAAUCAAAAAUCUACAGGCUACACCUAUCACAAGCCCCAAAGCAAUGAUAAAAAUUUUUAAAAGAGAUCAGAAAAAUGAAAUAAUAUCUUAUAUUUUUACAUUUAUAUCACCAAAAGCUCAAGAUGAUUGCAAUAAUUUUAAGCUAGAAAUCCAAAAAAAAAAUUCAAAAAGGAAAUAUUCGCAUAAUCAACAAUCUGUUACCGAUAUAUUAACUAGAGACGAUUUUGAACAGGAUAUUGACUUACAGCAAUCUCUUCUUAAAGACAAUAACGAAUUAAUGAAAACAUUUUCAGAGGCAGUCGUUAAAGGAAAUCUUACAAAUGAACAAUUUUGGAGUACACGAAUACAUCUAUUAAGAACGUAUGCUGUCGAAAAAGCUCAAAAACGAGGCCCAUAUAAUGUUCUUACCACUAUAAAACCUCAAACAAUUAAUAAUAAAGUUAAACUAUCCCUAAAUAAAGAAAAGAUUCACGAUAUAUUUCAACAACAUCCAUUAAUUAAACAUAUUUAUAGUGAAAAUGUUCCUCCAUUAUCAGAAGAUGAUUUUUGGGGACGCUUUUUUUUAUCUCGUCUUUGUAAAAAACUACGUGGAGAAAAAAUAAAUACAUAUGAUUCCAAUGAUGAAAUAUUAGACAAAUAUCUUGAUUAUGAAAAUGAUUUUAUUCAAACAUACUCGAAUGAUACAAAGAAUAUAUCAUAUUUCAUUGAUUUAACAAGAAAUGAACAUCAUAUUACAAAGACUGCUGAUUUUGAAUCAUCAAUUAUUAUGAAAGAACUAGAAAACAUACAUAUGAUGCACUCUUUAAACAAUCUUUCUACAAAAAUGAUAAAUUGUUUAAAAAAAAAUAUAGACAAAAAAAGAAAGGAUAAUGAUAAUGUUAAUGAUUUAAUUCUUAAUGAUUUGGAAGGAAUAAUAAAUGAAGAUAAUAUUUAUCUUUAUAUAAAAGAUCAAAAAAAAAAUUUUCUAAAAAAUAAUAUCUUCCAAGAAGAUUACUCCAAAAAGAUCAAAAGACCUAAAUUAUAUAUGAAACUUGAAAAUAUGGAGCAUCAAAUAGAUCCAAUUAUAAACAUAAAUAAUAUUAGCAUGUUAUUAAGAGAUACAACUCAUGAUAUUUUCCAACAAAUUAACGCAAAAUCUAGAAUAAGAUACAAUUUCAAGACAGUUAUUCCAUUAGAUAUAAAAAAUCAAAUAAUACGUUGUCAUGAAACAGCAAAUGAAUUUUUAAAUCAGUUUUGGAUAAAAUUUUUAUCAAACGAAACAAUUAUUUUACAACUUCCUCAAAUUGUUAGUUUAUUAAAGAAAACGAACGAUAACAUUAAUACUAUUAUAAAAUCCAAUGAUAUUUCUACAAAUAGUUUGGAAGUAAUUAAAAAUUAUUUUAAACCGACAAUUAUUGCUAUUAUAAAGGCUCUUAAAGAAUAUAAAAGUAUAUCAUGA